AUCAAGCACCUAGGCUUGCAGACUGCUUCACAAACAUUUGUGAAAGAAUGGAUCGCUCUCAGGAGCUCAGUGAAUUCAAGCGUGGUACCGUGAUAGGUUUCCACCUGUGCAAUAAGUCUAUCCGUGAAAUUUCCUUGCUACUAAAUAUUCCAUGGUCAAUUGUUAGUAUUAUUAUAACAAGUUGGAAGCAACUGGGAACAAUAGCAGCUCAGCCAUGAAGUAGUAGGCCACGUAAAAUAACAGCGGGGUCAGCGCAUGCUGAAGCUCACAGUGCACAGUAGUCACCAACUGUCUGCAGAGUCAAUAGCUAAGGACCUCCAAAUUGCGUGUGACCUUCAGAUUAUCACAACAACAGUGUGUGUAGAGAGCUUCAUAGAAUGGGUUUCCAUGGCCAAGCAAUUGCAUCCAAGCCUUACAUCACCAAGUGCAAUGCAAAGCAUCAGAUGCAGUGGUAUAAAGCACGCUGCCACUGGACUCUAGAGCAGUACUUGCCUGAAUGCAUUGUGCCAAGUGUAAAGUUU